GCGAGGCUGGCAAAGCUUCAGUGCACGCAACGUCCUCACUUAGACGAGUCGAGCGGGUACGAUCGAACACUGUUACAUAAAAUACAGCCCGACAUGUUCGGCAGAUCUUGAUCGAGAUUUUGGAGAUCGCUGGGUUACGAUCAUUUGAUUUGAUUUUUUUUUGGUGUUUGGUGAGUGUCAGUGUCUUGGACGAGCGAUGAUGUGGAGGAAUUUGUUGGUGGUAGCUGUGGCGGUGGUUGGCGUUUGGGGAAGGAAUAAGAGCCCGCUGAUGGACGAGGAGCAGACGAGGACCAGGAACAAGGCUGCAGAAUGCGUUUUUGGAAAACAAAUCAGAGAAUUGAGAUCCCAAUGGAUACCAGAUCUUGGAGUACCAAUCGGUGUACUUUACUGCAUGAGGUGUGAAUGUGUACCAUUCCAGCGGAAGAGAAGGAUCGUCGCCCGGGUGCAGUGCCGGAACAUAAAGAGCGAAUGCCCGGAGCCGACUUGCGACGAGCCUGUCCUGUUGCCCGGAAGAUGUUGCAAGAGUUGCCCCGAAGAUACCAACAACCCCGACAUGAUUCAGGAUAUCGUCUCACAGAACGUCAUCGAAGAAGAAGAGAAGAGCAUCAAACAUUUUGCAGCUCUGCUAACCGGUAGAUCGUCCCUGGAUCUGAAAAACAACAGCCUAAUGGAAGAAUUGAAUAAAAAUAACGUGGUUGCAACAGGCAGGUUCACUUUCCAUAGAAAAAACCUCCACUUCUCCUUCUAUAUCUCCGAGAAGGCUGCCAGACCUCGUGCCCUUCAUUUCAUGGACAGCGAGGGUAACAUCUUGGAGGAAUUCAUCUUAUCCCAUGCAGGUGGCUUCGUGAACAGUUUAUACCAAAACGCCACCAGAAAGGUUUGCGGCAUCUGGAGAAGACUUCCAAAAGACUACCGGAGACUACUAAAACAAGAAAAGAUGUACGUGGUAUUGAUUUGGGGCACCAAAGACACCGAGUUUACCCUCAGUGGCAAACUGACCCGCUAUGUGGCUCUAGCUAGUGAACAAUAUAGCUCUCUUCUAGAACCCGCUCCUGGAACUGAUUCUAUGAUGCUAGCUGGUGCUGGAGGUACAGCAAUCAUAUCUACCUCAUCUACUUUAUCUCCUUCUCUUCACUUAGCGAUAAUAUUUAAUGGCUUAUUCACUAGCACGGAAACCGUAGAGGUUCCUAUCAAUGUCAAGCUAGUAUUGGACGAAAAGAAGCAAGUAAUCCUCGAAGAGAACGUCAGAGUGUACAAGCCUGCGACAGAUCUCAACCUCUUGGAGUUAAGCUCGCCUGUGAGCCAAGCAGAUCUCCGAUCGUUAUCCAGAGGCAGGGUGUUCCUUACAGUCUCUUCUGUUUCCAAGCCAGAAGCGUUGAGUCUGAGCGGUAGUGUGAUUACUAAAGUGACUUGCGAAAUAUUCCAGACUACUCUGUCUUCGGAAAAGGACAGCCAAGACGGGUUUCCGGGUUUAGCUUGGAUGUACUUGAAUAACCAGGGAUCCCUUAUCUACAAUAUACAGAUUGAUAACCUAGUGUCUGAGCAGUACCACAUGAUUACUUUAGCCGAUACAUCUGGAAAAAAGAAAGCUGAAGUCUUGACCCCCUACUUCCAUAAUGGUUGGGCGAAUGGUACCGAGGACAGGGUUGUACACAAGAUUCUAGAACCCUUGUACAAUGGAAAGCUCGACGUGAAAAUAGCAGUUGCUAAUGACACCCUUCAUGGUCACCUCAACUCGAAGCUGGUAGCUGAUGCUAGGGAUGCCGCGUCACCUAUCUUAAUGAAGCGUGAGAACCAUACCCUGCCCUCUAACGUAGUGGGCUUGGCCUGGAUCUCCGUAGACAGUGACUGCAAUCUCCAGUACGAUGUUUCAAUUUCCGGAUUAGGACAUGAUAGAAAGCUCGUACUCUACAUGGAGAUGUACCCCAUCAUAGCACCGGGAGCUCCAUUCAUCUAUAAGCAACUUGAGGAAUUUGAAGGCAACCAGGUGGAAGGCAGUCCUAUCGAAGCCUUGACCAAGGAGGAGAUCGACAGAUUAGAUGGUGGAGUUAGCUUCAUCAAAAUCAAAGAUGCUUCGACCAAAGUAGUUCUGCUGUCUGCAACGAUUACCAAGAUGAAGCUUCCAUAUUCUUGCAUCAGACUUUCUUACAACGACAAUAACGUUCCGAUAUCUUUCGACCAUCCUCCAGACUUGAUGCCAACUGAAGACUGCUUCUUUGAAGACAAGUUCUACAAGAAAGACACCUCGUGGGUAUCUUCCAAGGACCCAUGCCAGAUGUGCUUCUGCCAGGAUGGAGCUUCAAAAUGCGACGUCAUGACUUGCCCAAAAAUGGACUGUCCACACGGCAACCUAACUUCAGUUAUAGGAGAAUGCUGUCCAAUUUGUAGGGAAAACGGACCGUCUAGAAAUGCCCAGAAAUGUCUUUUCAACGGGAUGAGUUACUCCCCUGGAAGCAAAUUUUACCCGUUCAUGAUACCCCAGGGAUUCGAAGUUUGCACCGAGUGUUACUGUGACCCAAAAAAAUCCGAAGUCAGUUGUCAUAGACUAGAUGAUACCGACAAAAGGUGUUGCAGAAACUGCCAGAAAACUACAGAAGUGGAAGACGAACCUUACUCGAUGUUGUGGAACAAGCAGAACAAGGAACGGGUGACUGUGAGGCCUGCUGGGGUUAUUCUGGAAGAGGGUGGUUGUAAGAAUUUGAACAAUCCCAAGGAGCCGUAUUCUAAUGGCAGCACUUACCAUCCCUUCAUUGCCUCUCUUGGAGAGUACAAGUGCAUCACCUGUAAAUGUCAUAGUGGUGUGUCAUCAUGCGAGAGGCAACGAUGUGAGUGGAAGCAAUGCAAAAAGAUGUUCGAACUGCGCAGACAGCGAAGAGCAAAAAAACAGCCCAUGAACAUGUCGGACUUUUGUUGCAAUUUGGGCGAGUGCAAGAAGCUAAGGCACAAAAAGAAGAUGGAGGAAAAAGCUGUCGCUUUGCACAAACAUUGAGGUCGGAAAUAGGAGAAGUAGAGAGAGAGCAAUUGUAUUCAAGGAGCUACAAAUGGACUUCAAGUCCGAGUUACCCCUGUACCAAAGAAGACUGAGACAGUUGAGAAAUGAAUUUAGAGCUGUCAUAUUUAUUUUAAAUGUUAGUUGUAUCGCUAAGGGUGCGUUUGAGGAAAAGGGUGUGGUCGAUUUAGUAAUUUUCAUUUUGGAAACGCGGGCCCUUUUCAAUCCUCCACCCUGCAGGGUUCUAUCAUUUUAUUUUCCUCCACUUUCAUUUACUGUAAAAUAUUUUUUGAGCUAGCUCAAGUAUUUUAUAGUCUGAUAAAAGAGGUACAAAAUCAAAUGAAAGUGACAUUGUAUAUAAUAUUUAAGUUUAGAUACAAGCAAAUUCAAACGGGCGAGAUUAUGUUGGAGUCGAGAUUUUAUUUAUUUAUAUUUUUCUAGUUGAUGUUGAGGUGGGUUCGUUUGAGUGAGCUUAUAAAACAACAUACUGUAAUUAGUUUAUAUUUAUUCGACAAAAUUUAUUGUUAAAAUAAUAAUUCUUAUUCCAUGGAUGUAGAGAACAGAUGGUUUCUUACGAGAUAGAAAUUCUCAAUACUCACAAGCAGUGAUGAGCAAAGAACAUUUCUUGAAUGGCCUAUAAAAUUUCUUCGUUGAUUCUUUCACUUGUAUACUUUUCUGAAAAGGAAUAUGUUUCAUCCAGACAUGGAAAAUAUUCCCAAAAAUUCACAGGGUUCACUGUUGAGUAUUUAUUUGGUGUUUAUUUAUGCAUCAACACUUUUACUUCCAUCACUGCUUAUUAGAGAUGAAGGCUGAAGUUUUUGGGAAAAAUUGAAAAAUUCGUUUUGUUGUAUAAUAUUUAUACCAUUAAGUUUUUUCGACAGUCACAUGGACCUAUCAUUUCAUGUUCCAUGUGACUUUUUGUUUUCAAUUUCUCCUAGCCAAGAAUGUUAUAGCUAAAAUAUCCGGGAUGUGAUUGCAAACAAUAUACCUAAGUACCUACUUAUCACAAUCGAUUUUUCUGUUUCCUGGAUAAAAUCCUAAGUCCCAAAAUUUGUCUACAAAUUUAGG